AUGUCGAUCCGAAUUACAUCUCUUCUUCUUAUUUCCCUCGCCGUUGUCUCCGCUUUCUCCCCCGCUGAUCACUACCUCAUCGACUGUGGCACCACCGAACCCACGGUGGUUGACCUAGACCACCGGACGUUCACCCAAGAUGGAUCGUCUGCGGUACUCUCAGCAACGAAAUCAUUCGGAUUAAAGAACUCGAACCCAGAUCCCAGUUUGUCCCCAAUUUAUCACACUGCUAGGGUUUUCACGAAACCCUCAGAUUACAAGUUCAAAAUCAAAGAAAAAGGGACGCACCUGGUACGUAUUCAUUUUCAUAGAUUCGGUUUCAAGAAUAUUGGUGGUACUUGUCAUGAUCAAUUUCAUGUUUCUGCUAAUGGAUACGUGCUAUUACACAAUUUCGCUGCCCCAAAAGGAAGCCCUAUAAUUAAGGACUUUUUGAUUUGGGUUGAUGAUGAUGAGCUCGUGAUUAGGUUUAUGCCAGCAGAUAGAUCUAGUUUUGCAUUUGUUAACGCGAUUGAGGUGAUUUCUGCUCCUAAAGAUUUGAUUCCCGAUGAGUAUGUGAGUUCUGAUCAAAAUGAUAGGAUCAAUAUCAGACACGCAUAUGAGACUAUGUAUAGGAUCAAUGUUGGUGGUGUAAAAGUAACUCCUUUUAAUGAUUCCUUAUGGAGAAAUUGGGUUCCUGAUGAUAAGUUCUUGAAACUUUCUGAUGCUUCUUUAAAAAGUUACAGUAAAAUUCACUUUGAUGGUCGAAUUCAGUACCAUUUAGGUGGUGCAAGCCGUGAAGUUGGUCCUGAUAACAUGUACAACAGUGCAAGAAUGAUUUCUAGUUUGAAUGAUUCAAUCCCAAAACUGAAUAUGACAUGGGUUUUCCCUGUAGAAAAGCGUUUUAGCUAUCUUGUGAGGUUACAUUUCUGUGAUAUUGCAAGCAUUUCUCUUGGAAUGAUAUAUUUCAAUGUGUAUCUAAACGGGAAUUUAGCUUAUGAGAAUGUGGAUCUUUCAACCCUCACAAACUAUGUGCUAGCUUCACCUUUCUAUGCUGACUUUGUGGUUGACCCUGAGAAGUUUUCUGAUGCAAUAAGAGUUGAAAUCGGGCCUUCAAAUUUGAGCAGAUCACAUGCUGUUGAUGGUAUCUUAAACGGGUUAGAGAUAUUUAAGAUGGAUAAUUCAUGGAGGAGUCUUAAUGGUGAAGUGUGUGUUGACCAGUUGGAGUCAAAGAACAGGUCAAAUGGUCAAAUGAGUCGUUUACUAUCAUUGACUGGUGCAGUAUGUUUGUUGGCAAUUGCAUUUCUGGUUAUGCGAAGAAAAACUGAGGUCAAAGAUUCUUUUGGGUGGUCAAGAGUACCCGUUGAUGUGUCUGAAAUUGAUCUUAAAUCUAGCUUUCCAAAGUCUAAUGGGGUUGAGGUUUAA